AUGUUCUGGCAUAUAAAAAGGGUUCUUCCUAGUGAGAAGUACCGAUGGCUCAAAAAUACCACUUUACAUAUUGGCGGUCAACUUGGCUACCAAGGAGUCAUCGAAAUCUACCAGAGCGACAACGUGGAAGCUCCAACGUGGAAGUCUGACAAGGCUAUGGACCUAGAAAUCAGUGACUACUAUGAUGCAAAUAACGGUGAAGUCAUCUUGAGAAAGUAG